UGUUGCAAAAAAUAGAAAAGAGGCUAAGCCGAGAAAGAAAAUUUAUAAAAAAAAAAUAUAUAUAUAUAUAUUGUAAAGACAAAUUUCGUGAGGUGUAUAAUUUGAAGAAUGGCGACGUUACCACAACUGGACGAAGAAAAGCUCAAAUUGGUGCAGGAGUUGGAAAUAGAAAUGAUGUCGGAUAUGUAUAAUCGCAUGACAUCCGCAUGUCACAGAAAGUGUAUAGCACCAAAAUACUCCGAGGCCGAACUUGGCAAAGGAGAAUCCAUAUGUUUGGAUCGUUGUAUUGCUAAAUAUUUAGACGUUCACGAACGUAUUGGCAAAAAACUUACGCAAAUAUCAAUGCAGGAAGCAAAAAUUACGGAGCAACCAAAGACAAAUUGACUUUGUUCAAACUAGUUACAUUUGACGUAAGAUUUUUGUGUUAUAGAAGUUUGUAACGCUGACUUUUCUUUUGGCUGAAUGUACAGUUUUGAAAACAAAGUAGUUUGUACAAAGUAGAGAAAUAAUGAGCAAAAUAAAACCUGUAUUUGAUUCUUUUUACGAAUAAAAA